GGCGAUGGUGUGAUCAAGUGGGCGAAGCAAUUGUUUGCUCAACUUUGCUGCUCGAUUUUGCUGCUGCGACUGGCCAUGCGCGUGCAAUUUCGUGUAAGAAUUUGUCGUUCCUGGAGGUCGUUAACCCCAAUGGCUUGGUCAAGCAGUUGGUGGAACAAAGCGCAACGCGAGGCGUGGAGUAAUGGCGUAACAGGAGGACUCACAGUGAUGGGGAGGGAUGGCUCGGGGAGUUUCUAAGCCCAGGGAGGUUGGGUUGCCCGGAGUGGGAGUUUUCCAGGGGAGGAUGGUGGUGGUUGUGGCUGUGGUAGUUCGGAGGAAGAGGAGGGAAACGAGCCAAGAGAUGAUGCAUUUGGAGGUGAAUGUGGCGCUACCGUGUCGGGGUUAAGUGUCUCGGAGAGGCGAAACCUUUUGAUGUGAUGCCGGGGUUUGAUUGAAUGGUAACUGAGCGCGUGGGCGAUUUUGGAUGUUUAAGGCGGUUGGAAUGAUAUGAGGCGGCUGUAGGUCGAAAUUGUGAGGCAUCCUAGCUAUUUCUCUUCAUGUCCGAGUUUCUUUCUAGGAUCAAGGCUCGCCUUGAGUCAGGCCAGCAUUACAACAGCAGUUCUUCUGAAGAGACAGGAUGGGUGAGAGCAGCUUUGGCGAACGCGGACAAAGAAGAACCUGCAGGGUCGUCCGAAGGCGGGCAAGAUGGAGGAGAAGGUUCGGGGCUCUAUUCCGAGUGGCAGGCGGAGUUGGUGAAAAAAAUGAAAGGAGUGGGAAUUGGAUCUGCUGAGAGAUUCCCUGCCUUAACCAAGUCCAGGAGCAGUCCUGCUCUUGGAAGUCUAUCCUCCAGAGAUGCUUCUCAAACUCUGUGGGAAUGCAAGGUUCUGGAUCACAAGAUGCCCGACGGGUUUUACUCUGUAAUACCUAGUCGAAGUUUGAGGGCACGCUUUCGAAACAUUCCAACCUUGAACGACCUGCAGCUACUGGGGCCGAUGUCGCUUGGAUUGGAUGUGUUGCUUGUUGAUACGAGAAAGGAUAAAAACCUAGUAAAGCUGCAGGAUCUAGCUCGUGUAAUGGUAAAAGGGAUAGGAAUCAAUAUUCCUGCUAUGAUCAAGAAAAUCGCUGAACUGGUAGCUGACUUCUAUGGUGGACCGCUUUUUGAGGCGGCUUCCAUGAAGUCUACAGGUGACGAUUACAAUGGUGCAGGAGAAAGUGGCAUUGUGCGGUUGUUGGGAGAUGUAAAACAAGGCUUGUGUCGACCGCGAGCCAUCCUCUUCAAAUUUCUUGGAGAUUCUGUUGGACUUCAAAGUCGCCUUUUGAUGGGCUUACAGUGGGAAGCUAUACCAAGUAGCUCUUUGACUUGUGCGAAUUCAAAUAAGCACCUGACUAAUAUAGUUACUGUAAAUGGCAUCGACCUUUUGGUGGAUGUGAUGCGACAUCCGGGCUACCUACGUCCUUUCUCGCGGAAAGCAUUAGUCAUGUAUCACAUAGCUGGGGCAGGGGACAGUGAUUCUGCUGAUUAUGAUUCAUGUGACUCUCCUUUGGAGCCAAAUAGCCCACUUUAUGGCUUUCCUGACAAGUUGGAUCAUGAAAUCUUGGAGGAGGACAUGGAUCUUGUUCGUCCCCCAUAUCCACGAAGAGGGCUGACUGCCGCUGCCGCAUCUGGGUUCAAUCCAGUUCUUAGAAUCCCUGCAAAAUUAAGCCCAUCUCAGAGUGAACCAGAUCUAGCUAAUCCUCGUCGACGCAAUCGACGACGAGCUCUUGAGGAGCAGACUACUGUUCUUAGUCCUCAACAUGGUGUGGAAGAUCAGCUAGAGCAAAGAAAAUCUAGCACGGAGGGAAUUCGAAGUUUUCCUUCCAGUCCAGAGCACGUGCAAACUCGCUUACGUCCGUCGCAGCGAGUUGGAUCAGAAGAGGGAAGUGUCCCCAGCAGUCCUGAAUAUCCUGUAUUCAGACCUCGUGUUCACUCCAUGCUUAGCGGGAGUCGGCUUCAUGGAGGAGAUACUACCUCUAGGCGGGAAAGGGCGUUAUCUGUUGAUAUAAGGCACGACACAAGGGGGAUGGACUUUCUUCAAUACAUGGGAGAUUCCUCAUUGUCAAAGUUAAGUCAUAAUCCACACGCGGAAAUGCGAAGGGCCAGGAAACGGACCGUGGCACCCGAGGUCAGCGACGAGGUUGUCAGGGCGGUAAGAGCGAUGAACGAAGCUCUCAAGCAAGAGCGAUUUCGAACAAAAGAGCGGGAGCCUGAUGCUUCCACUUCUGAUGGUCACAUGUUGAAUUCUAGUGAAGGGAGCAGAUUGGCUUCUGCAAGGUCUCUGGAUUCCUGCAAUACGGACGCUGAUGGUUUUCAGGGACAUGGGGAAAUUUCUGGUUCUAGCAAUCAUGACCCCACUGCGCCUAGCAAUCAAUCUGGUGUGGCUCGUAAUCAUGACCGUAUUACGACUGUCAAUCGUGGAUCUGAUGCUGUGACAUCCAGAUUGGCCUCCAAAAGCAGUCAAGAAUUUGUUUCAAGAGGAUCAUCUGGUUUAGUGUCAGAUACAAACAGCGCAUCUCCUUCUUGGUCUCUGACAAUGCAGUCACCUUCCCUGCCAAGCCAGCCUCUUAUGCCAUUUGAAGAAUGGGAUAUUGAUUUUGCAGAGCUUCGAAUUGGUGUCCGUGUUGGAAUUGGAUCCUUUGGAGAAGUAUUUCGUGGCAUAUGGAGGGGUACGGAAGUAGCUAUUAAGGUGAUGCUUGAACAAGAUCUAACUGAUGAGAACAUGCAAGACUUCUGCAAUGAAAUUUCAUUGUUAAGCCGGUUGAGACAUCCGAACGUGAUAUUAUUUCUAGGAGCAUGCACGAAGCCCCCUCAUCUUUCCAUGGUGACAGAGUACAUGCACACGGGCUCGCUGUAUCUGUUGAUUCACUCUAAUGAGCAGGGGAAAAAGUUAAGCUGGCGGCGCCGUUUAAAGAUGCUUCGUGAUAUCUGCAGGGGAAUGAUGUGUGUACAACGGAUGAAAAUUGUCCAUCGGGAUCUGAAGAGCGCUAAUUGCUUGGUGGACAAGCACUGGUGUGUCAAGAUUUGCGACUUUGGCUUGUCCCGAAUCCUCACAGGCUCUACCUACUGUGAUGACACUGCAGUGGGAACACCUGAGUGGACAGCGCCAGAGCUGUUGCGAAAUGAGCCAGUCACGGACAAAUGCGACGUCUUCAGCUUAGGAGUUAUCAUGUGGGAACUCUCUACAUUGAGACGGCCGUGGGAGGGGUUUAAACCUAUGCAAGUAGUGAAUGCCGUUGCCCAUAAUCAGGCUCGUUUGGAGAUACCAGAUGGUCUCAUCGGCACACUGAUUGCUGAUUGCUGGAAGGAAGACCCCGAGGCUCGUCCUAGCUACGAAGAGAUCCUUACACGGCUUCAUGAAUGUGAGUUUCUUCAAGGCUGAAGAAUAAAAGACGUCACGCUUUUAAUCCAACUGGCGGCUGCUACAAAAUUGUGAAGAUGGAACUUCCUGCAGUAUUUUUGCAACCAUUAGCAGGUUUGGUCGCUUUGUAAGGCAGGUGUGACUCUCCAAGCAGUUUCUCACACGGGAAUUCUUACCUUGUAUCAUAUGUCGAGCUGGUGCAUCAUUCAUAUAUUCUAGUUCAUGUUGUGGCUGGGAGUAAAAACAUACUACCUUAUCUUCCUCCACAUGAAGCAUUGUUCGAGAGGACUCUGCAUGUAAUGUGCAAUGAUCACAUCCGUAGUGUACAUUAUGUCGGUCUGUCGUCAUCAGGGCAAAUUGAGAUAUCUACGGGCUUGUUGAGAUGUUCAAAUCCAGGUUUUUGAUGGUAGCAAACAUGUUCUUAUGUCUUUACCUAGCGUUGUACUUCAUUCACCAAAACAUAUUCUGCAACAUCUGAAUUACUUUAUACA